AUGGCGGUCGGCCUACCUCUUGACCCCGUCGCGCUCAGCGCUGAGCUUCUCCGGGUCGAAGCCCUUCGAAAGCUCAAGGAGAGGAGGCAGGCCUCAGCCGAGCGUAGCUCUCAGCCACUCCGUCUCUCUCAGCUCCCGCCCGAUACUCUCGAGUCGGACUUGGACGAGCCAAAGUCGGUCGAUCGGCCCAGAAGUAAUCGGCGAGCGGCAACCCCGGGCCAGCUGGACUCGGACGAGGAGGAUGGAGCCUCGGCGGUCUUUACGGACGGCGAGGAGGCUACGGAAGAGGAUGAAGACUUCGGGAGCGACAAUGCUAUGGAUAGCGACUCGUCAGAGGAGUGGGAAGGGGAGGAGGAAGGAACAGGAGAGGACGAGAAGAUGGCGGAUUUGGAUCGCGAGCCGAGCCCGAGCGCUUCCGCAGGCGACGGUAUCGACCCUACCCUCCGAGCCGCCAACGCCAAGCUCACCUAUCUUCAACGCCGGCUCUCGCGACUCGAGAAGGCGAACACAGGUCAUUCGGCGGGCAAGCAGCGAGCGGACCGGACGGCCAACCAACUCGACGCGGAGCGAGCCCUCUCGGCCGGAUAUCGUCGGAUCGUGCGCGCGCUGCAGCAGGAGCUGGCAGCCGAGCAGCAAAGGAGCUCAACGACAGCUAAAGAGCGCGCUGCUCUGGCGGCUGGAAAAGAGGCGGCGGAGGCGAAGCUGGUGCAGUCGGAAGGAAGCCUGAACUGGAUGCGGGCGGACUACGAGAAAUUCAGGACCGAUCAUUACGCCGAUCGGCGGACUCUAUGCUCGGAGAAGGAGGAGGCGAUCGCCAGGUUGAAGGCGGUGGAGCUGGACAUGAGAGCGGUUCAGGACAGCCUACAAGAGAAGCAGGGGCGGAUGGACUUGGCGAUAACGGAGAUGGCGGCUCUCAAGGCGCAGGUGGAGCAGGCGGAGCGGGCAACAAGGGUUGCGGAGGAGCAACUAGCGACAGCGAAUACAAAACAUCACACCGAAGCGCAACACCUCCAUGCCAAGGUGAACACGGCCGGGGUCCAGAUAGCACUUGAGACGCCCGAAAGACGCCGGGCGGUCGAGAGCGAAAGCGAGUUACGGGUCCGGGUGGAGAAGGCGGAUAAUCUGAAUCGGGAAGCGGCUGCGCGGGAGAUGCUACUUCUGGCCAAGAUCAACCGCCUCGAUAGGAAGAAUGGCGAGUUGGAGGACAAGCUGGAAGCGAUCGGUGGAGGGUCUUGGCAAGAGGGGGUGGGAUUGCGAUCGGCAGUGGAGAAGGCGGAGAGACGGGUGGGAGAGGCGGAAAAGAAGCGAAAAGAGGCGGAGAAGCAGAGGCAAGAGGCGGCGGAGAGACUGGAAGUGCUCAAGGAGGCUCACGACAUGGAGCGAGAGAUGUAUACGAGGCGGAUCAGAGACCUGACGGGAAGGGGGAAAGUCAAGGUGGAGCGGGAUGGUGGGGAGGCGCUUUGA